GCUCCUCCUCCUCCUCCUCCUCCAAUAGAAGCUAGCUCCUUCCUUCUCAAUUAUGGCGACUUCUGCUUUCAAUUCAACGAUGAAGCGAACGACGUCACUAGCCAAAUCCUCCGAGAGUGGCGACGACUCUUCUUACUCUAAACGGAGGUCUGCUUCUAGAAGACACCGGAGUUUGAGCCGUUUCUCUCACCGCAUGCCGGAUCCAGAGAUCGAAGUGACUCCGAUGAGGAAGGGAAAGUUUGUUAACACCGUGAGAGGUUCUGGAUUCGGUGAAAUUAGUCUUGAUGAUUUAGCUGUUGAGUUUUUUGAAUCGUUUUCCGGUGAGAGUGAGAUUAGUAGCGGAGAAAGAGGACGAUCUGGUUUAAGAAAGUCCAGUGGUGGUAGCGGCGGAGGUGAAGGAGAUGUUGCGAAUUCUCUAAGGAGGGGACGGUCUGUUUCUAGGGUUUGUUCUGGUGGUAACGGUGGUUUACGGAGGUUGGGGGCUGAUACUGAAAGCUCGAGACGGCGGAGGUCGUUGUCUAGACAGCCGGAAAGUAAUAAUCGUGGUGGUUCAGUUAGGGUAGAUCCGGUGAGUAAUAAUUCGAGCCGGCGAAGGUCGGUUUCUAGACAACCGAGGGAGAAGGUUAAGGCAGAGAACGGUGGUGAUGCAAUUGGGGGAGAUUGUGAAAACGCGAAUUCACGGCGGCGACGGUCGCUUUCUGUUGUCCGUCGCCGGAUUGAGAAUUCUGAGAGUGAUGUAGAUCAAGUUCAAUAUUCAAGCAGUUCAAGGGAUGUGAAGAGCUUCAUGAGUGGAAAGAGUCAAAAUAGUGGUUCUCAGAAAUCUGCCGCUUCAGAUAAUAGACAAGGUCUUAGGAGGUCUUUUAGCCAAAAUCCAGUCAAAUACCAUGAUGGCUACUCUAGCCAGUCUUCUGCAGUCACAGAUGAUGAAGGAAAGGAUUCCAGCUUGAGCAAGCAUGGAACUGAGAGGAUAAUUCGAACAGUAUAUGCCCAAAAUAAGGCAACACCAAAGAAGAGAGAAUCUUUGGGGAACUCUGAUUAUGGUUCCCAGCGGAAAUCCCAUGAUGAUCACUGUGCUGUCUCCACAUUUACGAAAGGUUAUGCAACAAAAUUGCAGGAGUCUGAGGAGCGCAAGCGAGAUUUGCUGGCUGAGAUUAUGUUGGAGGAGGAGCGUGGUAGAGAGCUCUCUAUGAACUUGAAAGAGUUACUAACUGAAAAUAGUUCUGAAGCUGACGAGAAGCCGUUGCGGACGCGAAAGAGGAGCAAGGACCGGAGCAGCAGGAUGUCCAUGUGUUUGACAGAUGAAGCAGAGCAAUUCAUUGACGAAUUCAUUUCAAACAUAGAAGACACAGACUUUUCAUCACUGGAGGAUGAGAGGAGCGAAAGUAGUUCAAGUUUUGGGAUGAUAAAAACACAAAGCUCUCAAGGCACCACUGCUCUGAAGAGUAUUCCUGUUGAAAUGGACGGUGUUAUGCUUCCUUGGUUGCAAUGGGAUACUCCAGACGACACUUCUGCUGCUGCAUUGGCAUGCCUUAACAAGUCGCCAAACACCCCAAAUACAAAAUCUCUUGUCUGGGAGUCGGAUACAACUCAGGAUGCAUCGAGUGGGCCAGGGACAAGCAUCGGUACCAUGAGUAGCAGAGGAAGCUGGAGCCCUUAUGAGUCAGUCACAAAACCUGUGAAGCCCAUAAAAACACUAAAGAUAGAUGUAGCCGAGUAUCUGAAGCGACCUAACAGCUCCGAUAUUCUGAAUGAGACGUGGAAGCUAAGGCACAGAAUCAGUUCGGGAAGUCUUGUGCUAUGUAGCCGCUCAUUGAUCUAAGACUUCGUAACCGCAAGCAGUUGUAGGUCUGUGUUUUCGUAAUCGUCCUUUGGACCACAAAGAGUCAAAGACAUGUCCCUGUACAGAUUAAUUGUGGUCUCUUUGUUUAGGUCUGAGUCGUCUGACUAGUUGUUAAGCGUUAAGUUAACGCCAACUAUGCACAGAUUUAUUACAAUAUUUUGAAUGCCAAUGUCUAUGAAAUCGAGACCUAAGAAAUAUGGUUUUAUUAU